AUGGGAUGGUUUGGGGCCCAGGGGGGUGGAGGGACAGGUAUAAAAGGAAGUGUGAGGCCCCAGCUGGUCACAGGAGCACAGCAAGAGGCCACACCAUGCCGCUCUCUGCUGCGGCCAGGAUGGGGCUGAGGGUGGCUCAGACAGGCUUUGUGGUCCUGCUGGUGGUGCAGAGCUGUGCCACCUACAAGCUGGUCUGCUACUACACCAGCUGGUCCCAGUACCGAGAGGGCGCCGCGAGCUGCUUCCCGGACGCCAUAGACCCGUUCCUCUGCACCCACAUCAUCUACAGCUUCGCCAACAUCAGCAACGACGAGAUCGACACCUGGGAGUGGAACGACGUGACGCUCUACGACACGCUGAACGCACUCAAGACCAGGAACCCCAACCUGAAGACCCUCCUGUCCGUGGGAGGAUGGAGCUUCGGUUCUGAAAGAUUUUCCAAAAUAGCCUCCAACGCCCAGAGUCGCAGGACGUUCAUCAAGUCGGUGCCACCGUUCCUCCGGGCCCACGGCUUCGACGGGCUGGACCUGGCCUGGCUCUACCCGGGCAGAAGGGACAAGCGGCAUCUCACCUCUCUGGUCAAGGAAAUGAAGGCCGAGUUUGUAAAGGAAGCCCAGAAGGAAUCUCAGCCGCUGCUCCUGAGCGCCGCGGUGUCCGCCGGGAAGGUGGCCCUGGACAGAGGCUACGACAUGGCCCAGCUGGCCCAGCACCUGGACUUCAUCAGCCUCAUGACCUACGACUUCCACGGGGCCUGGCGCCAGAGCACGGGACACCACAGCCCCCUGUUCCGAGGCCAGGAGAUGGCCAGUUCUGACAGAUACAGCAACGUUGACUAUGCCGUGAGCUACGUGCUCAGGCUGGGGGUGCCGGCCGAGAAGCUGCUCAUGGGCAUCCCCACCUUCGGAAGGAGCUUCACGCUGGCCUCUGCCCAGAUCGGCGUGGGCGCCCCCUGCUCGGGGCCCGGGCUGCCCGGCCAGUUCACCAAGGAGGACGGGACCCUGGCUUACUAUGAGAUCUGCGGCUUCCUCCAUGGAGCCACCGUGCACCAGCUCCUUGACCAGCGGGUGCCCUACGCCACCAAGGGCAACCAGUGGCUGGGGUACGAUGACCGGGAGAGCGUCAGAACCAAGGUGCAGUACCUGAAGAACCGGCGGCUGGCCGGCGCCAUGGUGUGGGCCCUGGACCUGGACGACUUCCGGGGCACCUUCUGCGGCCAGAGCCUGCCGUUCCCUCUCACCAGCGCCGUCAAGGAAGCCCUGGCCGCCGCCUAGCGCUCCGUCCAGCACGCGCUGGGCAGGCAGGGCACCCGGGGUCUUGCUGCUCAGGAGCUGGUCAACUCAGGCUCCUUCCCGGGCCCUGCAGAGGGGCCAGCUCUGAGCUCAGCCCUCCGCUUUGUGUACAUGCAGGGGUUGGGGAGGGGAUGUGGGCAGAGAGGAUCCCACGGGGUCAGGCAGGGACAGCGCACAUGCUGAGGAGUGAAAACGCUGCCCCUCCCCGGCCUCCUCGACAGCACGGCCGUCAAGCAGGAAGCAGUGACCACACAAGGCACAGCCCCCGCACGGCCCGGCUUCAACCUUCCCCAGGAGCCUCCCCGUGCCUCCCGCCCAGCUCCCGUCGCUCAAUAAAGCUCCACAGCAUCUGCGUUGGCA